AUGGCUGUGAAAAGAAAACCUAAAAAGAGAGGUGCACCUGACCUGUACGUGGAUGGUGACGUCAUAAGAAAAGCUUUAAACUCCAUGACUAUAAAGAAGAACAGAUCACCUCAAGUGGUCAAAAGUCCAAAAGUUCGCAAGACACAUCGGUCACCUUCAGUCAAGACACGAGAUACAAAAUUUUUAGACAUGAACGACCCAAUUGUAAAAACAGAACUUGAUUUAUUUACCAAUAUUAGGGAUCAUUAUCAAACGGAUAUUGAAAGCACUGUAGAUGAGGAAAUUCGACCGACGACUGCUGUGUCACAGGUCAGCAGUGUCUUUGAGUUUGUCAUCAAAGGCACACCUGACGAAUAUAUCGACCCCACUCAAAUUAACUUGUAUGUAGAGGGACAGCUCAGUAAGGCUGACUUGAGCAGUUUAGACAUUGGUCAAAACACAUCGGUCGUGAACAACACGCUUCACUCAUUAUUUGCAUCAGUGGACGUUGAGCUUAACGACAAUUUGAUAACCCUUGGUCAAAAUUAUGCUUACCGAGCCUACCUUGAAAACCUAUUGUACUACGGAAAAAGUGCAAAAGAUACAUGGCUUACUAGCGAAAUGUGGUAUAAAGACACCGCCGGUCAAAUGAACAGUACAAAUGUUAGUGGCGACCCUGGAAACAAGAGGUUACAAGAUCGCGACUUUUGGUUUCAGCGUAGUAGGAAAGUGGAGAAGUAUGGUCGACUGAAAAUCGAUUUGGCAAAUCAAGAAAAACUACUUUUGAACAACGUAGACGUGCGAAUCAGGCUAAGAAGAACACCCGAUGCAUUCUGUUUGAUGUCAGAAACCAAAGACAAAAAUGAAAAAUUUUUGAUCAACAACAUCUCUCUUUUUGUGAGGAGAGUCAAAGUAUCCGAUCGGCUGAAAUCGGCCCACGACAGUAUAUUGACCAAACAUGUAGCCUGCUAUCCUCUUACAAGAAAAGAAGUAAAGGUUAUAAAUUUGCCUAACGGAGUCAGAAAUGCUAAUCUUGAUAAUAUUUACAUAGGGACUAUGCCGAAACGUAUCAUUUUUGGAAUUGUUGACGAUAAUGCCUUUUCGGGAGUCUAUGACAAAAGCCCUUUCUUAUUUAACCAUAAUGAUUUAAAGCAUUUGCGACUAACGGUGGCAGGGGAGCAAAUUCCAUUCAAGCCUUAUAAUUUUGAUUUUUCCGUCAACGAAGGUUUGAACUAUAUAAGAGCUUAUUACGACCUUCUUUUGUCAGUUGGCGCUGCUGGUGGCGAGAGUGAUAUAGAUCUGUCUAGACUUGAUUACCUGUAUGGAAACACGCUUUUUGGCUUCGAUCUGACAGCAGACAAAAACUUUGAAAACUAUAUUUCACCAACAAGACAAGGUACACUCAACAUUAAUCUAGAAUUUGAUAAAGCCACCAACAACAGCGUCUUGGUUGUUUUGGCAGAAUUUGAUUCUGUUAUAAAGAUUGAUCAACGUCGCAGUGUUUACAUUGAGUAUUGA